AUGUCUCCAGCCCAAGACUGCCUCACGUACAUGCAGAAUGGCAGCGAACUGAUCAAAGUCCGGUCCAACAGCCGCCAAUACCAUCGAUUUUUCACACUCAGCAACGAUAUGACAGAGAUACGCUGGCAACCAACCUCCAAGAAACCGCACAAGGCCAGAAUCGCCGUGUCUUCCAUUAAAGAGGUGCGCCAAGGGAAGACAACCGAGGUUCUCCGGAGUAAGGAGAUCGUGGGCAUCUACCCCGACGAGUGCGCCUUCUCGAUCAUCUUCGGCGAGGAGUUCGAGUCGAUGGAUUUGAUAGCCAACACGCCGGAUGAGACCAAUAUAUGGAUUAGCGGCCUCACCUGCCUGCUUAACGCCAACUCCAGGUCCAGCAAUUCUUCAAGUGCCAUUGGUGAUAUGCAGCGAAUGAGAGACGCUUGGUUGCUGGAACUCUUCCAGUCGGCGUCCCCUGACGACGGUACCCUGGAGGAGAAUCGUGUGGUCAGUCUCAUGCAGCGGAUCAACACCACCAUCACAACCUCCGUCAUCUGCCAGAAACUUAAGGAGCUGGAGCUGAAGAGAGGAGACGGGAGAAAGGGGAGGCUAAGCAGCGAGGAGUUUAUCUCCCUGUUUAAAGAAAUCUCUACCCGGCCAGAGAUUUAUUUCCUCCUUGUCAGAUAUGCAAGCAAUGCUGACUUUAUGUCAACGGAUGAUUUGUUACUAUUUUUAGAAGCGGAGCAAGGGAUGCAGCGUGUGACCAAAGACAAAUGUUUGGAGAUUAUCAACAAAUUUGAACCGACCCAGGAGGGCAGGAGGAAAGGUCAACUGGGCAUUGAUGGUUUCACAGCCUACCUUUUGUCUGAUGAGUGUGACCUGUUUGACCCAGAACACAUCUCAGUUUGCCAGGACAUGACACACCCCCUCAGUCACUAUUUUAUUGCCAGCUCACAUAACACGUAUUUAUUAGAAGAUCAGCUCAAAGGGCCAUCGAGUGUGGAGGGCUACAUUAGAGCCCUCAAAAAAGGUUGUCGUUGUAUAGACUUGGACUGUUGGGACGGUCCUAACGAUGAACCAAUAAUUUAUCAUGGCCACACCCUCACUUCCAAGAUCUCGUUUAAAUCAGUGAUAGAAGCCAUCAAUGAGCAUGCCUUCUCAGCUUCAGAAUACCCUGUGAUACUUUCCCUCGAAAACCACUGCAAUAUCAAGCAGCAACAAGCAAUAGCCCACUACAUGAAGUCCAUAUUUGGCGACAAACUCUACACAGACAACGUCGACCUCAACAGGACCACACUUCCCUCCCCUGAGUUUUUCAAGGGGAAAAUUCUGAUAAAAGGCAAGAAACUGAAUUUAAAUUCUGAAUCGAAUGAAGGUUAUGUUACCGAUGAAGAUGAAGGCGCUGAACCAGAGAAAAAGAAAAACAGUAAAAGGGAGGGCUCAAUUAAAAAGCAUAAACUUGCAAAAGAGUUAUCUGAUCUUAUAUCGUACUGUGUUUCACGUAGAUUCGAAGACUUCCAAACUUCUCAGCAAAAUCAAAAGUACUGGGAGAUGAACUCCUUCAGUGAGUCUCAAGCCUUGAAGCUGGCCAUGUCUUGCCCUGAAGAGUUUGUCAACCACAACAAAAAGUUCCUGGCCAGGAUCUACCCCAAUGGCAUGAGGGUCGACUCCAGCAACUACAACCCACAGGAUCUCUGGAACUGUGGCUGUCAUAUGGUUGCAUUAAACUACCAGACAGCUGGCUUAAUGAUGGAUCUCUACCACGGAUGGUUCCAGAAAAAUGGUGGGUGUGGCUACAUUCUCAAGCCCGCCAUCAUGAGAGAAGAGAUUGCAUACUUUAGUGCCAACACAAAGGAUGUCAUACCCGGUGUCUCACCUCAAAUUCUACACAUCAAGAUCAUCAGUGGUCAGAACUUCCCCAAGCCCAAAGGUUCGGCAGCAAAAGGUGAUGUCACUGACCCCUACGUCACAAUUGAGGUCUUUGGUAUCCCAGCAGAUUGUGCAGAAGAGAGAACUAAAACUGUCCCCCACAACGGGUACAAUCCAAUUUUUGAUGAAAGUUUUGAGUUUCAAAUAAAUUUACCAGAACUUGCGCUAGUCAGAUUUGCCAUACUUGAUGAUGAUUACAUUGGAGAUGAGUUCAUUGGACAGUACACAAUACCUUUUGAGUGCAUGCAGACAGGCUACAGGCACAUACAGCUGCUUUCUAACACAGGGAACCUAAUGGAGAACUGUACACUUUUUAUACAUGUUGCAAUAACCAAUAAAAGAGGAGGAGGGAAGGUUAACAAAAGAGGUCUUUCUGGGAAAAAAACAAGGCGAUCAAAGGACUACACUAGCAUGAAAACAGUGGGAGUCAAGAGUAUAGAUGAAACAUUUAAAACAGCCAUCCAGCCAUUGAGAGAUGGAACAGACCUGCGAGACAACCUCCAUUUAGCCUUGUCCACAUUCAAGGAUUCCUGCUGCUUAGCGCCCAUAGCAAACCUCAAACAGUGCAUCAGGCUCCUGUCUUCUAGAAUAGCCAACUCCGGAGAAAGUGUCUCCCUCUCCUAUUCUAUGAAAGGCGAAUUUCCAGACUUAGAAGCUCAAGGCACCCUUCCAGAAAUCUUUAAAAAGUCUUUAUCAACUUUUGAAGAGCUAAUCAACGAAUGUAAAAAUGUUAUACAGAAUUCAGAUGCUAUUUACGAAAAAUUACUGCAGUGCCAGAAAGCUGGACUUGAAUGGCAUGACAACCUGGAGAAUGUCUGUCAGCAGUCAGGGCUCAAGGGAAAGAAACUAUCAAAAGCAACAGAAAAUUUUGCUUGGAACAUUAGGGUGUUGAAGGGUCAUGCUGACCUACUAGUCCAGGCUAAAAAAGAUUGUCAUGAGUAUAUUAGACAGAUCAAGGAAGCUGCAAUAACCACUGGGCUUGCCAAGGAGGGGUGCAGCACUCCCACGUUGGAGGGACCAAACACCAGUUUACCUGAACCAUCCUAGGGACACUCUAGUCCACUUAAGUCAUCAUAAUUAUCGUGCCAAUCAAGUUUACAUGAAUCAUUCUAAGAGCAGUCUACCUGGUUCAUCAU